AUGGGACCCGGCAGCAAUGUCGAAGCUCCGUUCGUCACCGCUAUGCCAGAGGGCGCGGUAGACCCAAAGAAAUGGUGGAGGUCCAAGAACCUUCGCACUCUGAAUUUACUUCUUGCAUUUCCAAUGCUGUCCAUCUUCACCCAAGGUUUUGAUGGCUCCAUGAUGAACGGCCUACAGUCGGUCGAGAACUGGCGAAACUACUUUGGAGAGCCCAAAGGUUCAACCCUUGGCCUCUUCAACGCUGCCUAUCCCAUCGGAGGUCUCUGCGCUAUCCCGUUUCUCUCUUUCGUCAGCGAUAAAUUUGGUCGUAAGAUUGGUCUGGCAUGCGGUGCGAUCCUGUGCAUCAUCGGCUCUACGGUCCAAGCCUCAGCCCAGAACCUCGCCAUGUUCGUCGUCGCUCGUGGUAUCCUCGGAUGCGGCACCGUAUUUCUUGGAGCUUCAGGCGCCCCAUUGAUCACAGAGAUUGCGCAUCCGGCACACAGGGCAACCGCAACCGCGUUGUUCAACACCUCAUAUUCUCUCGGUGCCAUCGUGGCGGCGUGGACAACCUUUGCGAGCUUCCGCAUCGAUUCGACAUGGUCGUGGCGCAUCCCAUCGGCCAUUCAGGGCCUUCCAUCUGUCAUCCAGCUUCUGGGUCUGUAUUUCGUUCCGGAGAGCCCGCGUUGGCUCGCUUCCAAAGAUCGCAACGAGGAAACGUUGGCUUUCUUAGCCAAGUACCAUGCCGAAGGUGACGAACAUGACGCUCUUGUCCAGUUCGAAUAUGAAGAAAUCCAGAGCACUCUCGCAUACGAGCGUACAAUCGACCGAGGCAGCUGGAUCCAGAAUUACCUCGAGCUCAUCAGGACGCCUGGAAACCGCAAGCGACUGUUUAUCAUUCUCUGGACUUCGUGCAUAGCCCAGAUGAGUGGUAACGCCUUCGUAUCGUACUACUUGAGCAGCAUUCUAUCAUCCGUGGGAUUAAAGUCUUCCAUGGAACAGACUCUCAUCAACGCCACCCAACAGAUUCUCUCUUGGCUUUCUGCGCUGUACUUUGCGACACUACCUGGCAAGCUUGGUCGCAAAACACUGUUCAUCAGCUCCCUCUCCGCCAUCUUUGUCUGCCUGGUUUGCAUUACAGCUGGCAGUGCCAUCUUUGCAAACAACGAGUCGAACAAGGCCGCUGGUGGAGCAGUCGUCGCGUUCCUCUACCUCUUUUCUCCUGCUUACAACCUGGGUCUCAACGGUAACUUGGUACUAUACAUCACCGAGAUUCUUCCAUACAGCCUCCGUAUGCGUGGUACAGCUUGUUUCCAGCUGUUCUCCACAUGCUUCUCCCUCAUUUCGACCUACGUUGUCCCCAUUGGUCUUGACAAAUUGGCUUGGAAGUUCUACACCAUCUUUAUCCCUUGGGUUCUUAUCGAGAUUGUCGUCUUGUGGUUUGUUUAUCCAGAGACCAAGGGCCCUUCCCUGGAAGAGAUUGCUCUCCUUUUCGACAGGCCUACCAUGGAUACGACGACAACAAUUGGAAAGGAUGGCGUUAAGCAUGUCGAAAUUGGUUUUGCUGAGGGUACGAAGAAGGUCUAA